CCUCCAAUAUAACUGUCUUUGUGCAAUCCAAUACGUCUUAUCAUCCUUCAAGAAUCUCUGCAAUUGCAAAUAAUGGCGAGCUGUUUGAGAAGAUAUGGAAGAAGACUCUCCGUCUCAAUUUGCGAGAAGAGGGAACUCUCCACAGCUUGUGAAGGUCAGAUUAUUCUACAACAACAUCAACAACUCCAACAAACUGCUAAAUCAAUGAACCUCUGUUCUGCCAUCAACCAAGCUCUCCAUCUCGCCUUAGAAACCGAUCCUCGUUCUUAUGUAUUUGGAGAAGAUGUAAGCUUUGGUGGGGUAUUUCGUUGCACAACUGGACUGACAGAACGAUUUGGCAAAAAUCGAGUCUUCAAUACUCCCCUUUGUGAGCAGGGGAUUGUUGGAUUUGGCAUUGGUCUGGCAGCAAUGGGGAAUAGAGCCAUAGCAGAAAUUCAGUUUGCAGAUUACAUCUAUCCUGCUUUUGAUCAGAUUGUUAAUGAAGCUGCAAAGUUCAGAUACCGGAGUGGGAAUCAGUAUGAUUGUGGAGGUUUAACCAUAAGAGCACCAUAUGGAGCUGUGGGCCAUGGUGGACAUUAUCACUCUCAAUCCCCUGAAGCUUUCUUUUGUCAUGUUCCUGGUAUCAAAGUGGUUAUCCCUCGGAGCCCACUGCAAGCAAAAGGAUUGUUAUUGUCAUGCAUACGAGAUCCAAACCCUGUUGUCUUUUUUGAACCAAAAUGGCUUUACCGGUUGGCAGUAGAAGAGGUCCCUGAGCAUGAUUAUAUGUUGCCAUUGUCAGAAGCAGAGGUGAUCAGAGAAGGCAGUGACAUAACUCUUGUUGGUUGGGGAGCACAACUGUCUGUCAUGGAGCAGGCUUGUACGGAUGCCGAAAAGGACGGAAUUUCUUGUGAACUGAUAGACCUCAAAACUUUAAUACCCUGGGAUAGAGAAACUGUGGAGGCUUCUGUUAGAAAGACUGGAAGACUUCUUAUUAGUCAUGAAGCUCCAGUAACUGGAGGUUUUGGCGCUGAAAUCUCCGCAUCUAUUGUUGAGCGUUGCUUCUUAAGGUUGGAGGCUCCUAUUGCUAGAGUUUGCGGUCUGGAUACGCCCUUCCCUCUUGUGUUUGAGCCAUUCUAUAUGCCCACCAAGAACAAAAUACUGGACGCAAUCAAAUCAACUGUUAACUACUAGAACUUGAGCACUCUCUUCCUAACUGCUCCGUUUAAGAUAUGCCAUCGUCCACAAGCAACUUAACCUUAAUUAAUUCCCAAAAGAUUGUGCCUGUAAAUGUGAGAAAUAAGUGGGGAGGCUGUAUGUCCAUCAUUCUACUUGUAAACUGAUACUAAAAUUAAAAAAUAAAGGGUUAAUGGAGAAUGCAAUUGCUAUA